CACUCCGCAAACAUAUGGGCUCAGGCGCUCCGGCCGUCUGUGUUUUAGCACAUAUGUGGCGCUAGUCUUGUCUACACUCGCCUCUACAUUUGUUUUCAGGAAGCAUGAUGCGAGCGGGCGUCCUUGCUUGCCUCGCCUUGGUUGGAGCGGCGCUGACUGCGGAUGUCCCCGAGCUGAGCCUUCUUCAGCGUGGGGAUGAGAUUGAAACUGGCUUCGAGGACGAGUCGGUGCUGAACGUCGGGGACGAGCUGGAGGAGAUGAUCGAGGUGAUGGUGGAGGGCAGGCCGAAGUGGCGCAAGGCCAACCGCACGCAAAGGUCCAAGGAUAAUCUGACUGCCUCCCUGGACCAGAUCAUCCCACUCCUGCAGGCGGACUUCAAGAAGAAAACGGAAGCCCUGAAGAGGACGCUCCGGAGCUUCAAGGAGAAGCAGCAGGAGCUUGACUUUGCGAAGAAGGAAGCCACACUCGCCAUGAAGGAUCUGCGCAAGGAGGCGGAGAAGCGCCGUAAGGUCAUUCUGGACAGGAAGAGGGCGAAGGAGGACGAGCGUCUGGCCAAGAUUGAGGCCCAUCGCGCCGCCAAGGAGGCGAUGAUCAAGAAGGCGCAGAUGCUCAUGGGCGCGAAGGCUAACUCCGAGAUGUCGGGCAUGCUGGGCGAGGUCACUCUGGGCAUCAUGGUCGAGGUGAUGAUGGCUCUCCCGAAGGCCACGGAGAACCCGCUUUUCAUGAAGCGCAUCAACAAGGCCAAGAUAGAGAUCGCCAACACCGUCCAGGACUUCCUGAACAUCACCCGCCGCAAGACGGCGAAGUUCGCCCUUGCUAGCGGCAGGGCGUCUGACGUGGAGCUGUCGUUCUUAAUGACGCGCUACUUCCACGAGGCGUCUUUCCGCGUCAAGUCCAUGCACGCGGACGCGCAGAAGCUCGCCAGGGACCUGAACGUCGUCAUGCCAAGGGAGUUGCGACAGGCCUUCAUGCCCAUCAUUAAGCAGCUGCGCGAGCAGGCCGUCCCGCUGCGCGUGAACGCGAGCGCGCUGGCGGCUGCGUCCCAGGCCGACGCGUGCAACGAGAUCUCUGGGCUCAUGUCCAACAUCACAGACUACAACACGAAGCUCGCGACUAUGCACACCUCCCUGCACAAUAUCUGGCAGAUGUCCGAGCUGAUGCUGCCGCACAUGAGCAAGAUUUACCCCAUGACGCCGGAGACGAUCGACCUCGUUAAGGACUUCAUGUCGCUCGCGACAACGCAGUGUGCUGGUCUGCAGGAGUCCGCGGACGAGAUCGUGACCCAGGUCGGCCCGGUCAUCAGUGAGCGCAUGCAGUGCACCUGGAGUGCGGCAAAGCCGCGCUUUGGCCUGGGCUUGGCCGCUGUGCUGGCGGCGCUGGUCGCCCACUUCCUCGCCUGAGGCUCGCGGGGGACCCCUUCCGCGGCACAGCUUAUGCCUCACAGCUCUUGGUCCUGCUACUCCUCCUCACCGUCCCUUCUUCUCCUCCUCGUGAUCAGAUGCUCCUCUUUUUCCCCAGCUAGGCUUGGCCAGCGCCGAGGCGGGAGCGCCAGUCUGCAUGUGAGUCGCCUCCGCCAGCAGCUCUUCCUCCCGUCGGUGGACUCCAACUAUACAAGCGCGGUGACUCUGCCCAGGCCACUCCCCGGAUCUGGGAUCGUCGCACGCACCUUCCUCUCUGAGCCAGGAGGGCGCAUGUACCGACCUUCGGCGCAGCGUCGGCCCGCCUAAGAUCGGCACAGUUUGGUCAGUCGGCGUCCCGGCGACCUUCAGAACCCCCAGAAAACGGCUGAAGCCACCCCUCGGACCUUAGGAGCCUCACAGGAC